CUUCGCCUCCUCCCGGCGGCUACCCAGAGUGCUGUAGCCGCGACCAGGCAGGCGCAGGGAAGCGGCCUGAGCCGUGGUUGUCGUCGGGAGCUCUCCCUCGGCGAUCAUCUUCGGGUCCUCGUUGUGAAGCGGAGGAGAACCACGGCUGGCUCCCACCGGCGCUGGAGCGGCUGCUCCCGGGCCCCGGCUGAGGCAACGGCGGCGGCGACGCGGCCCAGCAUGCGAGUGUGAGAUGCUUCCCCCGGCAGCCGCUCCUGACUGGGCCCAGGCGGCUUCGGCGGCCCCCGCGCCGUGGAUGCGACUCCGGAGCCGGCGCUUUGCCUUCCACAAACAUUUCUAUAGGACUCAUUCGCCCUGCUGAGGGGGAAAAAAAGAAAAAUUAGAGGAGAGGAGCAAGCAAAUAAUAAACAAAAGCCAGGCUCAGGCCUAGCCCGACUGUUAUUUCCCCUCGCUUUCUGCCCGCUUUCCCUCACGGCUCAUGGAGCCCGCCGGCCAAGCGCCGCCGCUCAGCGUCACCCAGUUGGGCCGCCUGCGGGAAGAACAUGGAAAGGUGGUCACUAGCUGCCAAGAAAAAAUUCAGCACUGGAAGAAGGUGGAGAGUGACUAUGAAGCUCUUCAAGAACGACUGAAUACAUUGCCAGAUAAACUCUCAUAUGAUAUCAUGGUCCCCUUUGGUCCCCUUGCUUUCAUGCCAGGAGGCACGAUUCGCACCAAUGAGGAUGCUGUUCUUCUUGAGGGACAACACAGUUCGCAAAAAUGUUCAGCUCGCCAGGCCAGCGGUCUAGUGGAACACAGGAAAAAACAUGUCAGGAAAACACUGGAUGAUUUGCAAAAACUCAUGCAGAAUUUUGAGUCCAGAGUUGAAUUUACCGAAGAUUUGCAGAAGAUGAGUGAUGCAGCAGGCGAUUUUGUUGAUAUAAGAGAAGUGUGUGAAAGCAACAGCAGCGAAACAAAAGGAAAGGAAAGAACUGCUCACAAACCUCAUUCAAAGCCAAAAACAGAUGCUUUUGAGGCAAAUCUUCAAGAAAAUGGAACUGGUGAAAAGUUCAGCGGGGACUUGAAAUCUGAUUCAGAACUUUGGGCCAGACUCGAUGAACUUGAAAGGCAAGAAGAGAUCUGUGGUGAACUUUACAGGACCUCCAGCACUGUUGAGGCAAAUAGAGAAGACGCUUCCUCCUCUGAAGAAGAGAGAGAAGAAAAGACAACUGUGAAUGUGGUUCAUGGUGCGGAAGAACCCAGUGCUCAGGGCAACUUUCAAAAAGAAGUAACCAGCUCCGAAUUGUUAGGCCUUCAGACUAACGGCACAAGUCAUUACCACAGUGACGACGAAGAUGAAUUUGCCAUUGCCGAGGAUGCCGUACCGACAAUAUAUUUCUCUCACACUGUGGAACCUAAAAGGGUACGAAUAAACACAGGGAAAAAUACCACCUUGAAAUUCAGCGAGAAGAAAGAAGAGGCCAAGCGCAAGCGGAAGAAUAGCAAUAGCAACGGGCAUUCGACUACUGAACUGCCCAACAUCAAAACACCAGCGGACAUUUAUCGAGUCUUUGUUGAUGUUGUGAAUGGGGAAUAUGUCCCUCGUAAAUCAAUCUUGAAGUCUCGAAGCCGGGAGAAUAGCGUUUGUAGCGACACUAGCGAAAGCAGCACUGUCGAGUUUGAUGACAGACGUGGGAUUCUGAGGAGCAUCAGCUACGAGGACGCCGCCUUCAGCGAUAACGGCGAAGGGAUCUUGGAGGAAGAGGAGGAAGGGGAGCAAGAACACCUUCCCAGAAAGACACCAUCAGCCCCGUCAGAAAUUUACGAGGCUUUUUCAGGAAUGGUUGUAGAAAAGGAUCCUUUGUACCCCGUUUCCAUGCCGCACCCAGUGAUUGCUCAUCCCGUCCUGCCUACCAUUCCGGAGCGAAAAGCCGAGGAGGGUCUCUCGGAAGCAUCAGAAGAACCUACGAAGAGGGUUUCCAAGUUCAAAGCUGCCAGAAUGCAACAGAAAACCUAGGUCCUAUUUGGACCACAAAAGUUUGCCAAGUGCUGCGGUUAGAGGAGGACAGCUUGCAUACAGAGAGUUAAAAAAUAAAAAAAAAAGUCAGACUGCGUUGGGUUGAUUUUGCUCAUGCUGAGACCUCUGUUGGUGUUUCCUUUAAAAAGACCUGUGAAGAGACACUUCAAAACUCACCUUAUUUUUUAAUACCCUUGUAUGCAGUCUGCACCUUUGUACAUGUUUGCCUUAUGAUAACUGCACUUGGAAUAAUUUUCAAAGAGAGUAAUCUUCAUGAGGCUUUUUUGUUUCUCUCUCUGUGUGUGUUUAAACCUAAAUGCAGGCAGUUUUGUGCCAGCUGUGAUGUUCUAUGUACCAUAUGGAUCGUUUGAAAGAAACUUUGCAACUUUUCAAAUGGAGCCAACAAUUAUAUUUCAUGACUUGCGUUUAGCGUUGUAAGAAUCGCUUUGCAUCCUCCCGCCAUUGUUUUUGUUUUUAUUUUCCGGUAGGGUUUGCUUUUAGGUGCCUGCUGACGAAUCAUUUCUUUCCUACUAGCAUAAAACCUCUGAUAAACUUUACUUGUAUAGAAUCUGCAAAACAGAGCGCUGUGUUCAUGUCCUUUGCAGGACAUUCCUUUGAUGGAAAACGGUAUUUUGUAAAAUUAAACUUUUCGAGUAAAAAAAAUCGACAACC